AUGGCCUGCCAGUUCUGGAGACACUACUUUCUGGUGAAAUUCUUGCUUCUUUUUUGCUUGAUCCUUCUCUUCUCGAGAACUCUGUGUGUUCCUGCUCGCUGCUACCUGAGACCAGCCAGAAAAUAUGGGUGCCUUUCAGACAGAAACCUCUAUGUUUUUGGUGCGGUGUGGAAGAAUGAAGACUGUUUCCAGUGCAGGUGUAAGAUGGGUGCAAUGACUUGCUGCAGCUUGGUUUUAAUCCCCAAGAAGUAUGACAGAGUGAACUGUGUUGGCCUAUUCCACAAGAAAAGCUGUUCCAUCCGAGUGGUGAAGAAGACUAAUCCUGAGAUAAGUUGCAAAGUCUACAAUGGAGUUGGAUAAGACCACAUGAUGUAUUUCUCCUCUUUCACACCUACCCCAGAUGCUGAAUAUGUUCUGGAUCUCUCCUUUAGAGGAAAGCAGCAAACAGCAUGGCUUCAAGAGAAAUGAAUUUGCCUCAUGCCUUUCACAGCUCUAAUUGUGCCAUAUCUAUCUUGUUUCUGACAUUUGGUGGUUUAUCUUACACACAUUUGUAACCAAACUUUACCAUGGGCUUUUUUCCUGUUGGGAUUCAGAGUUAAAUACAUUUUCACAUACAUCAAAUCACUGUAGUCACUGACUGGUCUCCUUGAAAACAGAAGAAUUCACGGUGUGUAUAAAUGUUUGUAAAUCUAAUUAUUGAUUUGGAAAUCAUCUAACUUUUAAAGUAACAGCUAUAAUAUAAAUUGUUGCCAGACACAGGGAUUCAUUAUGCUAUUACACUUAUUGACAUUCCCCCAAUGACACGUGUACUAGAAGAUGAAACAAACCAGAAAAACAGCCCCUUGAAAGCCUCCCCUCACCUUGGUGCCUUGUGUAGGUCAAUCCAUUAAUGCAGAUGCACAAGGGAACAUAUUCUCCAGGAGAUGACUGGUACAUUACAAAAAUGGUAAUCCCAUGCCUGAGAGUCCAACCUACAGCAAAGAAAUGCCAUAUAAAUAGCUCUGUAGCCUUCCAUACCAGGGUAGAAUUUCCUGUAAUAAUCUUGUUUGGAUCAAAGUCUACUGACAAACAACCCCAUGAAAGCUGUUUUUAUAGGAAACCUAGACUAUAAAUCAUGCUUAGCUUGUAGACUUUAGGCAUUACACUGUGCCUGGUACAAAGUCCAUAAAAGUAGUUAAUAUGAGAAAUAUCCUAUAAAAUCUAUUUAUACAA